UUUGGAGCAAACAAAACAAAAUUAUUUUGCAUUUACAUAAUUUGUAUUUAAAAUAUUGUCUGUGGCAAAUUGCAAAAUGAGUUCAAUACGCAAGAAACUAGUGCUAGUGGGUGAUGGUGCAUGUGGCAAGACUUGCCUUCUAACGGUUUUCUGCAAGGACAACUUUCCGCUGGACUAUGUGCCCACUGUCUUCGAGACUUAUGUGGCGGAUGUGGAAGUGGAGGGCUCACAGGUGGAACUGGCGCUGUGGGAUACUGCUGGCCAGGAAGACUACGAUCGCUUGCGUCUGCUCAGCUAUCCAGAUACGGAUGUUAUAGUGCUAUGCUUCAGCAUUGAUCUGCCAGACUCGCUGGAAAAUAUAUCAGACAAAUGGAUGAACGAGGUCAAACACUUUUGCCCCAAUGUGCCCAUUGUGCUGGUGGGCAACAAACGCGAUCUGCGUCAUGAUCCCGAAACAAUAAAAGAGCUAUCUAUAUAUAAUCAAGAGCCUGUUCGAACUGAGGAUGGACGCACCAUGGCGGAGCUAGUGAAUGCCUAUGCCUAUUUGGAAUGCUCGGCCAAGAUGCAGGAAGGAGUGCGCGAAGUUUUUGAAACUGCCACACGUGCCGCUCUACAGGUGCACAAGAAGAAGAAGCGUCGCAAAUGCAUAUUGUUAUAGAAUUUGUUAAUACUACACACGC